UGGAAGACUGCUGUUCAUGCGUCUACAAAUGUGCAGCCUGUCUUUGACUACACGAGGUUCACAAAGACCCAGCACUCAGCUGCUGGAUAGCUUGCUGUCAAACAAUGUCACACGGUGGAAUGGAGCAAAGGUCAACACUUCUCUUACAUGUCUCCCUGAGCAUGUAGCAUUUUAACUACCGUUUUCAUCAUCCCUCAGUACAAUGGGCCAUUUUCUCUCUUUCUGUCCUCACUGACUCAGGAGAAAGAGAAGAGUGGAAAGCAAGGCACAGAGUGAGUGAGGCUUUUUGUAGAAAGUCUAAAGUUUUUCCAAAUUCAAACAAAUUGCCACAUGGUGGUCUGACGCAGCAGAGGAGUUGCACUGUGCUUCACAGAGAAACCACGCCAGCUGCCACAAUGGCAGCAGAUGACACAGCAGGAAGUGGAGACAGAUCAGAUGUGGAGAAAGAGAUGGAGCUGAAAGGACCUCUAUAUGAGGACACUGAGAAACAUGAUCAAGAUGUGGAGAUGGCUGCCUCUGAUCCGGAUACGCAGUCUCCCUCUGAGGAUCCCCCAGAGGACACCGAGGCCAACAAGUGGAAAUGGUCUGUGAUAUUCCUGUGUUUGUACGGCUUUAUGACGUCAAUCAGACCCGGGGAGUCAUUCAUUACGCCGUAUCUUCUGAGCUCGGAGAAGAACUUCACUGUGGCACAGGUGACCAAUGAGAUCAUUCCAGUGCUGACAUACUCAGACAUGGCGGUGCUGGUGCCGGUCUUCCUGCUAACAGACUUCCUGCGUUACAAGCCGGUCCUGAUCAUCCAGGGCACCUGUCACGUGAUCAUCUGGGUCAUUUUGCUCUUAGGCAGCUCACUUCUUCAGAUGCAGUUCAUGGAGUUCUUCUACGGCAUCACCAUGGCCUGCCGCGUGGCCUACUCCUCCUACAUCUUCUCCCUGGUCACCCCGGCACUCUAUCAGCGUGUGGCAGGCUACUCGCGCUCCUCAGUCCUCUUAGGGGUGUUCACCAGCUCCAUUCUGGGCCAGCUUUGCAUCUCUUUUGGCAACAUCACCUUCUAUACCCUCAACGCCAUCUCUCUGGGUUUCGUCAGCUUUGGCCUGCUGCUUGCGCUGUGCCUGCCUUGGCCUAAACGCUCCUUGUUUUUCAAUCGGAUGAAGAAUCUGGAGCAAAAGAAAAUGGCUGCGGCCGGCGGCAAAGCGGAACUGGACAAAAUUAUUCCCAAAGAGGUAGUGCCGUCCUCGGCAUCAUGCUGGAAGGAUUCUGUCUUUGUGCAGAUGCUGCUGGAGGUUAAAAAUGUUGUAAAGAGGCCAAACCUGAGGCUCUGGUCCUUGUGGUGGGUGUUCAACUCCACAGGAUAUUACCUGGUGCUGUUCUAUGUUCACGUCCUGUGGAACAAAGUCUACCCCCCCACAGAGAACAACAGAGUUUAUAACGGGGGAGUGGAGGCUGCUUCGACAUUACUAACAGGCUUUGUCAAAAUUCGAUGGAACGUAUGGUCAGAACUGGUCAUUGGUGUCAUAACGGCGGUGCAGGCGGGGCUCCUGCUCAUCAUGGGGACCACGGAUAGCAUUUGGGUGUGCUACAUUUCCUACGUUCUUUUCAGGGGCUUCUACCAGUUUCUGGUGCCUGUCGCCACUUUCCAGAUCGCUUCAUCGCUCACUAAGGAGCUGUGUGCCCUCGUGUUUGGUGUCAACACCUUCUUUGGGACAAUUCUAAAGACUACAAUCAGCCUGAUAAUCUCAGACAAAAGGGGCCUUGCAUUGGAUGUUCAAUCUCAGUUCAUGGUGUACUUCUCUUACUUCACCCUCCUGACUGUUAUCUACUUGAUCUGUGCUGCCGUGGUCAUCGGCCGCCACUGCAGAAACCAGGCCAGGGAAGGAAGGGCGGCCGGCAGCCAGGACACAGAGCUCAGCCCCGUGGCCGUAAACCAGGAGGCAGAACCUUUGUCCAAUGGCAAAAGUGCCAAAGCUUAAUGACAAGGGAUGUGCUGUCAACUUCCUUGGACAAGUAAGACCUGGGUAUUUGCCAGCAAGCUCUAUAUCCUCAGUGGGAUCAAUCAUUUUUCACCAUGUGUUUAUGUUGAAAUGCUCACAGGAAUCUCUGUGCCUCAAUCACAGAAGUGCCUAAUUUGCCCAUGUCUGACAGCCACAGAGGGCUUUGUUCUUUUGUUUUUGUGAUGAACAAGUGAGGAAAAAAAGCAGAUUCAACUAUUUUAUUCAACACAAGGCACUAAACAGCAAUGUUCUUUUUAGAGCUAGGAGAAAGAAAACAGGUAAAGCACAGUAAGGACAUUUGUAAUGUCCCUUUCUGCAGUUCAGAAAGGAAAAUGCCUUUUUUUUAACACUCCUGCUGUACUCAUUGUUACAAUUAUUGUCAAAAUCGUUUAAGAAAAGAAAAAAAGACCAGACCUCAAUAGCAGGAUCGCCCGGUUAUUAAUGCAGAUAAUCACAUCUUUAAAUCUCUGUUUAAAAUCAGAUUAUGAAUGAUGAAUAUAAACUGCAGUUUUGAAUGCAGUGCACUUGAUAAUUUAGCAAAUUUGUAUCUUUGCUGUAAUUUCUUAUUUUUAUUCUCUAUAAUUCAGAUGCACAACAAAGACAAUUUGAUAAUUUUGUAAUAUUUACAUUGGAACAAGCUUUUGAUUGUAAUGCAGGAUGACUCAUUUCCACAUUUUUACACUUUUUCUACCAAGUGUUCAAUCUUAGUACCUCAAUGACUGUUCAGUUGGAAAAUAGUUGGCUCCCCUCUCAUUUACAUUCUCAGGCUUGGUCCUGCAGAGCACAUAGGAAUGCAGGGUUACUUUAUGCAACAGCAGGAGCUACAGAAAAGGAGGUCAGUUGCCGGAGUAGAUCAGGCUGAUCAAGUAAACUCACUUCUGGAUAGGAUUUGUACUUAUUUUCAUAAUGUAGAUACAGAGCUUUGUUUUAUUAUUAAUUGAUAUAAUUCCUGAAAAAAUACUGUAAGCCUGUCUCAAUGCUGUAUGAAAAGCUGUUAAUUUUUUUUAUUCACAAUUAAAUUACAUUUGGUGGA